AUGGUAUGUAAAGCGGUUUAUACCGGAACUGGACAACGACGUCAAGGUCAGCCACGUGAAACGGCAGCUUUGUCCGAGCCUCAUGUCCCUCCAAACGCCCGAAUAGCCCUCGAUCCGGAGCGCCCGGAUGAUACAACUUCGUCAAAUGAUCAGUGGAUUGCAAAGCAUCUCUCGGAUCUCGAGAUCUUCCAUCCUAAAGCUGCUCGGGACUAUCAUGAGGACGCUGUGAAGCCAAGGCAACAACCAGUUUAUUUCCUCAGGACCGGCCAGAACUACGCUCAGCGAGGAAGCCUCAAGCGCACUGAGAGUUGGAAGGCAAUGGUAGACAGUGGUCCGCUGACCAAUCACUGUACCUCGCAACCUUAUGCGAUGGCCCAGGCUGUUUUCGAUGGACACCCCUUGGAACGAUACCUAAGAGGCGUUGGAGAGGCCCCAGAGCUCAUGCCAGGUGGCUCACCUGACUUUAUCGGCCACGACGACGUCGAGGAUGUUACGUAUACGGAACAGGAGGACGGAGCCUUAGAGCCAGAGAACGAAUUUCUAAUAAAUUUGCGCACACGUAUCCAAUCCAUCCUCUCACGAUUCAUCUCCUCUUCGCGUCCAUUUGUCGAGAGAUUCAAGUAUGAUAUCAUCUCGUCUUCCUUGCUUUCCACGUCACUUUCAAACUCGCGUCCGGCGCGACACAUUUCCAAGUCAAUACCUGGGGGAACCCUGCACAGCAGGACGUCCAGCGUCGACCAUUCAGCGACAUUGUCAUCAUCACAUCCGACAACUUCACCGCCCGAAUACUGGCUCCCGUCCGUUGCCUUGGCUAUGGUAGUCAUAUUCUCCAGUGCAGGACAUUAUUUUUUAGCACUUUUAUCGGCUGGAGUGAUGUUUCUCACGGUGUACGUCCAGAAGUUUGAUGCAGGAAAUGAUGUCUCCCCUCUACUGGAUACUCUUAAAGACCUUAUAUCUGCUAAUGAUGCAUGGAAUUCCGUCGUACACGAAGUCCUGACCAUGGUAGAGAAGGAUGAGAAAGAAUCAUCUGUGCCUUUGUCGCCCUCCUCUCCCCUCCGCGUAGCUCUCAGCUCCACCCUUCACACAACUCAAACACAAUCUGACAAUGUACGAAACCUUUUUGCAGCGCUCACUUCUCCCUCCGAGUUAUCCCAACUCUCAGAGAUGUAUGCCCCUCCGUCACCUCCUCCGAAAUCUUUCUUCUCCCCGCUCAGACCCACCUCUGAACCAUCUUCACUCCGCCUUUCGUUCAACUCUCGAGACAACAAGCGUUCGACAUGGAACGGUUCUUAUUCCUCGCUGGCAGGUGCCGGUAGCCCUACGCGCCAGAUUCUCAAAAGGAGAGAGAAGCGCCGUUCGGAUCUAUCUGCUCUCCUAGGAGUUCCUACUAGUCAGAGCGAGCCUGUAACACCUGUUAGGGAUCUGACUGGGGUCCAAGAACAGGAAGAAGAUCACGAUACCAGCGACGAUGACGAAUUAUCAUUCACUACCCAACCAGAAGGCAGCAUACCAUUUGGAAUGGCCGCUUUGGAUCUACGGAGGAGAAGAAAAUCAGCGGGACUUGAUGCCCUGGGUAUGGCAUUCAACCGCAGCUAUGUUAAUCCGCCGCGUAGUCCGAUAUCUACCCCAUCUACACGCCGGAGUCCGACAGCCAGUGCAUCUAAAUUCACAGCCGUCCAACCUGCGCGUCACCCCCUGUCCCUCUCUUCUCUACAGAUAGUGCUCCAAGGCACCCUGGGGUCGAAACGGUAUGCCUGUGCACACUUACUGGCCCUUCGGUUUGAAGAAGAAGAUGAAGGCUACUGGGAAGAUGUGCGAUCCCUGAUGGAACUACUGACGAGCACAUUCGCAGACGCCGCUGCAAGACUUACAGAAGCCUUGGAAGAAGCCGAGAGGCUCAAACUGCGGCUAGAGAACCCCAGUCCGAAUUCACUGGCUUCCCAUUCACGUUCCGUAAGCCUAACGGGACAAUCCUUCGCUCCUAUGCCGAGCCACAUGUCGCGUUUCGCCAUUCACGUGGACGCGAUUUCGUCUGCGCUCGAGGACGCGAAGGAGGAUUUGGAUCAGUGCGUUGAUGCUCUACGGGAGGGUUCAUCUGCUACCCCGCCUUCUCCUCACCCGGCUCUCGAGGCGUACGAGCGGCUACGCCGAGAACUCGGACUCGCCCUACGCGAAUGUGAACGCGGCAGGGAGCGACUCCUCGACAUCAUCUCACCCCCACGCCCAGAUGAUGAUCCCGAUCCUGAUGCAAAUCCUUUUAGUGGUGGUGGUGGUGGUGGUGUUAUCCGGGAUGAUCUCCCUGGACUCGCGAGUGAUGAUUCCGAUAGGCCUGAUUCUUCGGCGUCACCUGUGGAGUACGGUGAUGCCACGGUGGGUCAGAGUGUGAUCAUCAUGGAGGAGCGGCUGCCGCCUCCGGGGAUCGAGCAGGUGUUUGAGAGCGAGGAAGGGGCUGGGGUGGUGUUGAGUAGGGAAAAGUCAAAGUUGAGUAGGGAGGAGAGGAUCAAAUUGGUGAAGCAGAGGAGGGAGCGUGGGGAGACGGGGCUGGUUCGUGAUGAUGGGGGGUUGAAGGUGGAGAAAUGGGGUCCAGGAGGGGAGGUGAUGCAGGAGCUGAAGGAUGUUAUUUGGAAAGUGGGAGAGAAGCGUCGGAGACUGUUUAAUGUUCCUCCUAACGUUACGUCGCCUCUCUUGGACAGCGUUAACGUUAUUUGAUCUCUUUCGUCUUGCAUGGUCCGUUUGGGUUUUUCUG